AUGCCGCUGGCCGGGCGCCUCGCGGGCGCGCACUUCCACACGCACCAGCGGCGCUUCCGCGCCGGCUACCUCGUCGAGGGCGCUGUUGUUGAUGUCAUUGGACGCGACACCUGCGGCGCCCUGGAGCCCGUCGGGACGUUCUGCCUCGGCGGCAAAACGGCGCUCCGCGCCGCGGAGGCCCGGCUCCGGAACUCGAACCGCACGGUCAGCCGCCUCCGCGGCGCGAGCGCCGAGGUCGGCGGCGACCGCUUCGACCGCCGGUCGGCCGCGGCCUGCGACGCGCGCCACAAGUUCCGCCGGGGCGCGCGCUACAGCUUCGCGGCGUUCCACGGUUCCGUCUGGGGCGACGCCGCGGCCGACGUGGACAUGCACGACAUCCUCUGGCUGAGCCUCGAGGGCCAGGCGGCCCGCUCCGUGUCCGUGCCCCUGGCGGCGACGGACAUCAACUCGUGCGCGGCCGACCUCGGCGACGAGCCGCCGCGCGGGAGUUCCAAGCGGGGCGCGUCGCCGAGGGACGUCUGGUUCUGGUCGCUCCGCGCGAAGCAGAUCCUCGACGCGGUCCUGCGCGGCGCCGAGCCCCGGCACGCGGCGAUACCGCACGCGAUCGGGUAA